UUGACAAUUUACAUUCAUCACCUGCGGAAGAAAACCUAAAUAUGUCAAUGAUGUGUUCUCUGAUCAGCCGUGGAGCUGGUCCCUGCUGAGAUUCUUCUUAAAAAAAGGUUUCUGGGCAAAGUUUAAGCAGUGAACAAACAAAAACAAAACACUUAAACAAGAAAGGCUGAAGAAAAUGAAAUGAAAGUGCUGUAAUAAAUUAUGCUGCUUGCUUAAAGGCUGACAACAUGUCUGCAAGUUCUCUGGAUAAGAACGGCCGUCUACAUGGGUCCAAUGGCUACUCUAACCCUAAUCCCAGUGGACGCAAUGAAGAACCUGUGCCUGUGAAACAACAGCGGUUUGAGACAUUCGUCAUGACUGGAGAUAUGAUAAUCCGCACGUCAUCGAAUGAAAAAGCGUCAAAACUGCCUGUGAGACAGACUCAGAAGAGAGAAGACUCGGCAGUUACAAUACAGCGCUCCACAGUGACCAGAUCCUCCGGUCAAGGGAGAAGGGUAGCAAAACAAAAGAGUGAAAAGAUAGCACAGAACGACCUCCCUGCACCACUGCCAGCACCAUCUGUCGUUAAUUCGACAGAUCAGAGUAGUUCUGAUACUGGGUCUGUUGACACACUGCCCAGCCCAGCCCACCGCCACACAGACCACCUCACAGCAUUAGAACCAGAACUGGGACAGUCGAAGAUUCCAAGCCCUGCUCAUGUACAUAUUGACAAUCCAAAGACUAUGGACCUUAAAAUGACUGGUGAAGAACCAGUGGUGCAGCCUUUAGAUUUGAGGACUAAGCCCUCUGGAAUUCCUGUGUUUUCGGCCAGGAGUCCAGGUGAUCAGAAGAGAACCCAGAGGUCACCGUCUGGUAUCCCUGUCAAGAACACUGAGACUAUUUCUCCUACAAAGCAGGUGAAGACUUCUCCAAGUAAAGAGGCAGAGCCAGUAACGAAAGUGGACUCUGAAAUCACUGAUGCAGUCAAAGAGAGUCAGUCUAGUCCCAGCAGUGACAAAGGGUACUAUAGUCCUAAUGGUGCAAGAACUAUCCCUGUGGUGCGGUCUACUCGCAGUCAGGAAAACUGUUUUGAUAGUUCUGAUUUGAGGCUAGUUUCUGUAGAUAUAGAUGAUAAAGCAUCUUCUGUGGAUGUCUUGAACUAUGACGAUAAGUCUGACAGUGUGCACCUUGCUAGCCCCACGUCUAGGAGUGUGGAGAGCUCUCCUGAACAUAAACUCUAUAGUCCACAAGCUAAACAGGAUCAUGAUCGUGAUCUUCCAGCAUUCAUCCCCUUGGGAGGAGGAGAACAUGAUAAGGACCAGGAUGAGGAAUCAAGUAGCCGGUCAACAGGGAGCAAUGAUGGGGACAUGGACGGUGCAGGUGCUCUCAUCUUGACUGAGCAAGAUGACAAUAUGGACAAUAAUGUGGAGCAAGUGUUGGAACUUCAGAGGGAACUUACAGUGAUAGAGCCGAAGAAUGGAGAUUACAAUGAGAUAGAGACUUCACGUGAUGCUGUAGAUGGGUGCGUACAAAGUACCCAUGAUAGUUCUCCCUCAAGGAGUCAAACUGGCCCUCCCACCGGUGCUAAAGGCAGUGACUUCCCAACAGACCGCCCCCUUAGUCCAGGGUCGGACUCUGUGGUAUCCUCAGGCAGUGAGGACUCAGAUAAUGUGUACUUUCAACCAACAAAGAAUGCAGAUUACCCAUCUGCGUACAGAUUAGCCAAGAGACUCUAUGAUCUAGAAGGCUUCAAAAAGGCAGAUGUGGCAAAACAUUUAGGAAAGAAAAAUGACUUUAGCCAGUUAGUUGCAGAGGAAUAUCUGAAAUUCUUUGACUUUGUUGGCAUCCCGUUAGAUGUAGCCCUUCGCCAGUUCCUCCAGCAGUUUAGUCUGACUGGGGAGACCCAGGAGAGGGAGAGGGUCCUGGCCCACUUCACUAGGAGGUACAUGGAGUGCAACCCAGACAGCUUUAACUCUGAAGAUGCCUGCCACACUCUUACCUGUGCAAUAAUGCUUUUAAAUACUGAUUUACAUGGACAGAAUAUCGGUAGACGGAUGACUUGCGGUGAAUUUAUCGACAAUCUGGCUGAGCUGAAUGAUGGAGAGAACUUCCCCAGAGACGUACUGAAGACGUUGUAUCUGUCCAUCAAGAGUCGACCCUUAGAAUGGGCCCUUGACGAGGAAGGAGAAGCAACUUCAGAAACUGAUCUGCUGCUGGAAGAGUCGAGGAGAGUGAAUCUAGGACAUAAUCCCUUUUUAGAUGUUCCAGAUCCCAGUCAGGCCACAGAGUACAAGCGUGGCUAUGUGAUGAGGAAGUGCUGCACAGAACCUGAUGGGAAGAAAACUCCACUGGGCAAGCGUGGCUGGAAGAUGUAUUAUGCUACCCUGAGAGACAUGGUGCUCUACUUUCACAAAGAUGAACAUGGCUUCAAGAAGAACUCCCUGUACGAGAACCUGAACCAUGCGGUGAGGAUUCACCAUUCUCUGGCCACUAAGGCAGUGGAUUACACCAAGAAACAACAUGUGCUCAGGCUGAGGACAGCAGAGUGGGCUGUCUAUCUACUACAAUCUAGUGAUCCCACAGAACUUCAGGGAUGGAUAGACACUAUCAACUUUGUAGCUGCCAGUCUUUCCGCCCCUCCACUACCGGGAGGAGUAGGCUCACAAAAAAAGUUCCAAAGGCCACUUUUACCUUCAUCAUAUACUAGACUUAACUUGACCCAGCAGCUUCAGCAUCAUGAGUCUAAGGUGGUUGAACUGCAGGAGAGUCUGGAGGAACAUAAGAGAUACCCACCCAGCAAGGGGGCCAAGGAGAGAAUCAUCAGGGAGUAUGAAGAAAAAGAACAAUAUUUACAUUUUGAGCUGGAAAGGUUUCAAACCUAUGCUCACCUCCUCAAGUCCAAGAUGGCGUCAUUCCCCGAGCUGGAGUCCUCCCUGGUUGACAUGGCAAUAGGGGAGAUGGAGGAACCCACCCAGUCCCCCAGCCACAGUCUGUCGCCUCUGAAACUGGUGGCUUUGUCUGGCUCUCCCCUACACCCCACAGGGCAUCCUGUACAGAGGAGUCUCUCUGAUAGGAGUAAGAAGCAAUUAAAAGCAAAAGCAGCACCCCCAUACCUGAGCAAACACUAUGAAUCGUGUGUGUGAAACAUUUGGGAGUAGUCACUGUUAUAUUUGAUAAUUCAGUAUGUAGUGGAUAUGGAAACGGCCUUUCAGUGUAGGAAACUUUGUAAAUAAGUUUUUGAAUCCCUGAUACCAUGAGAUUAAUAUGGGAUCUGGAUAGAAAUGGGAUCAUCGUAGAAUCUGUUAACUAGUGUGAUUAAUGUGGGAUUCCAGAUCCCAUGUAUGGGGUUGGUAAAUUCUUGACAUCAGUAUAAGAUCCUUAAACCCAAGAGGUUUAUUGUGGGUCAUUCUGAAAAACACUGGGAUUAGUCUAUAGGUAAACUGCUUCAGGAACUUACCUUGAAAUUAGUUCACAUCAAAUUUAUCCUCAGACAAACUUAAAUCAUAUAGUUUUGUUGAAAAAUUAUUAUGAAAAUUAGCACCAGCUUGAUAGAAAUGCAGACAGUAAAUUUUGUGGAAUCAUUUACUUUACUAGAAAAGCACUCUGAGAGCGCAGAGCUCCGCCAAGGCAGCAAUUUUUGUUUAUUAUUGAUUAUUGAUUGAUUGAAAACAUAACCUCCUUGGCGGAGGUAAAAAGAAAGCACAGGAUUAAAUAAACUGAAGGUCAGGUGUUUGAGAGAUAUAUUUGUAUUAGAAUGAGGUUAUGUGAAGUAAUUAAAAUUUAAAAACUUUUAACAACAUUGUUCAGGAAGAUUUAGUUUGUGACUGAAAAUGAAAAGAAAGGUUGAGGCAAAGUGAAGGCAUGGCAACUUGCAAUUGCAAUUAUUCCAUGACAUUUUAAAAGAUUUGUCCCACCUAUCACUAAGAACCAUUUGGAAGAAGAAGAAGGCAUUAUCUUUAUUAGUAAAUUGCUUCUUAGAUGCCUUAUAUAAUAUUAAUAUUUUAAACAAUUCUUAUGGACUUUAUGGAAUUGGAGCUUACAAGUGGUAGUGCACAAAGUUUGGCAUUGCUUGUUAUAAAGCUUGAUAGUGUAAAGUUGUGAAAGCCAGCUCUUUUCACUGAAUUAGGAAGCUUGAGAUAUUGCAAAACAAUCUUUAGAAAUGGCACUUACAGUAGUAUGUGUUACAGAUAUAUGAGACAGACGCCGAAGGAUAGCAAUUAGAAUAAGGUCUAUACUAUACAUGUCUUGAUCCAAGCAUAUGUACUCCAUGAGUGUGAUAUUGUAAAUGUGAACCUUGGGAACUGAAACCAGAAGUGUUAGAUUACAGUUAUAUGGGAGUCACUGUAAGUGUUCAAAUUACAGUGAAAUGUUGUGUCACAUCUAAUGAAUAAUUUAGUGAAAAACAAUAGGAAACUGAACAUAACUGAUUAGCUGGGUAAUUAUAAUGUACUUUUACUGUAUUACAAUGCAGUGGAGUUUGUUGCUUAAAGUUUUGUCAUUUAUGCAAAAGUUUUAACAUUGUGAAUAGUUAGUUUAUUGUGAUAUUGUCAAAAGCCCCAAGAUUAAUCAUUCUUUUUCCAUAAUAAUUGUUAACUCAUUGUGCUGAUAGAUUCAGACACUAGUUUUAUCUGGACUUUGAUGCAAUAAACAUGACAAAAUGUG